AUGGCUUCUUCCCCUGAAUCUGCUCCUCCACCGUCAAAUCCAAGCUCUUCUCCACCUCCACCGUCUAAUUCCAAUUCAACAUCAUCCUCUCCGCCGCCUCCUUCUCCUACUCAAGGAGACUCAUCACCUCCACCUCCACCUCCUGAUUCCACCUCACCACCAGCUCCACAAGCUCCUUCUCCUCCCAAUUCCAGCAAUAACUCUCCUCCCCCACCGGCAUCACAGGGUGGUGGAGGCAAUGACUCUCCACCGUCACGUGGCUCCCCUCCUUCUAGAGGUGGAGAUAAUGGUGGUGGUAGAUCGUCACCAUCUGGAGAUAAUGGUGGCUCUCGCUCGAAUAAUUCUCCUUCUGGAGGAGGAGGUGGCACUAGUAGCCGCACUAGUGGUGGAGGAGGAGGAGGAGGAAAUAAUACGAAUACUAUGAUCAUUAUAGGUGUAUUAGCUGGAGCUGGACUGUUGAUGAUCGUGCUUAUUAUUGUGUGUCUUAGACGCAAAAAGAAGAGAAAAGAUUCCUUUGACGCUGAAUCCAUGAAAGGAAAUCAAUAUCAAUACUAUGGAAACAACAACAACCAUAACAAUGCUUCACAGAAUUAUCCAAAUUGGCACCUAAAUUCACAAGGCCAAAACCAGCAACCUUCUGGUGGUUGGGGAGGCGGUGGGCCAUCACCGCCUCCUCCUCCAGGGAUGCCUACAAGUGGAGAUGCUUCCUCCUUGUACUCAGGACCAGCACGCCCGGUUUUGCCUCCUCCUCCGCCUCCUCUAGCCCUCGGAUUCAACAAAACUACUUUUACUUACCAAGAGCUUGCGGCUGCAACAGGAGGGUUUGUGGAUUCUAACCUUUUGGGACAGGGAGGAUUUGGGUAUGUCCAUAAAGGUGUCUUGCCUAAUGGAAAAGAAGUUGCGGUUAAGAGUUUGAAAUCGGAUAGUGGACAAGGAGAAAGAGAGUUUCAAGCUGAGGUUGAUAUCAUUAGCCGUGUGCAUCAUCGGUAUCUUGUUUCAUUGGUUGGGUAUUGUAUUGCUGAGGGACAGAGAAUGCUGGUUUAUGAAUUUGUUCCUAACAAUACUUUGGAAUAUCAUCUUCAUGGGAAAAACCUUCCAGUAAUGGAUUUCUCAACCAGGAUGCGUAUCGCCUUAGGUUCUGCGAAAGGACUGGCUUACCUUCAUGAAGACUGCCAUCCUCGGAUUAUUCACCGUGACAUCAAGUCUGCAAACAUUCUCUUGGACUUCAACUUCGAUGCAAUGGUGGCUGAUUUCGGAUUGGCUAAGUUAACUUCUGAUAACUACACUCAUGUAUCUACUCGUGUGAUGGGAACUUUUGGAUAUCUAGCUCCAGAAUAUGCAUCGAGCGGUAAAUUAACUGAGAAGUCCGAUGUUUUCUCAUAUGGUGUCAUGUUAUUGGAACUAAUCACUGGAAAACGACCGGUUGAUAAUAGCAGCGCCAUGGACGACACAUUAGUAGAUUGGGCUCGUCCUAUCAUGGUUCGCGCGCUAGAAGAUGGAAACUUUACUGAGCUCGCAGAUGUAAGGCUUGAAGGCAACUACAACCCGCAAGAAAUGACUCGAAUGGUGACUUGUGCUGCUGCUAGCAUUCGCCAUUCUGGACGUAAACGCCCAAAGAUGAGCCAGAUUGUAAGAGUGUUAGAAGGACAAGUGUCACUAGAUGUUUUAUAUGAAGGUGUGAAGCCGGGACAUAGCAACAUUUACGGGACAUCAGGAACAAGCUCAGAUUAUAGCCAGACAUCUUACAAUGCGGACAUGAAAAAAUUCAGACAGAUAGCUUUGUCGAGCCAAGAGUUCCAAAGCAGUGGAGGUGAAGGAUCAUCAAGCAGUGAUUCCAAAGAGAUUAAAAGUCCUAAUGCUCCUAAAUGA